AGAACAGGACCAGCGCAUACUCCCUGGUGAAUACAGGUAAGGUGUAAACAGUGUUGAAUAAUGAGGGGUACUCAGUCCUUUGUCUGUUUUUAAUUUCCUGGUCAUUGUCCAUUUUAUUCUGUCGUUGAUAAAAACACAACAUAGUAAAUUCCAUUUAAUUUGUGUUGUGAUUAUACCUUAUACUGUUUUACUGUCACUUUUAUUAAUAAUACGUAUCUAUGUGUACGGCUGUCGUUUCAAGUACCUACUACGUCUACACUACCCAAACCUAUUACACACAACAGUGAAGAGACGGUGUGACAGCUGUUCGCGAGGAUAGGUUUACUGCUAUUUUUAUCAAUUGGUGAAAAAAAACUUCAACGUAGAAGUGAAAUCGACUAAGGGACAACGCAAAAGUCCGUUUCGAUCAGCAGACGUCGACCAAAGCGACCCCCGACGGCCGACGUCCGCUUUUGCGCGUUGCACGACUGAGAACAAAAUCCUAUUUAGUGCUGCUGUUGUCGUCGUUGUUGUCGUAAUCGUUUGGUGUGAACCAAAGAAGCUCACCUGCUUACGCCGUCCUCUCAAAUUGUAACUCCAUGAUAUAAUGAGUGAUUUAGAUACUCCAAUGGAUGUGGAUGAAAGUCAUGAUUCCAAAACACUUGAUAAAAAUGUUGACAUUGUUAGUGAAUGGUCCAAAAAAUUUGAGAACAAUACCUUAACUGAAUCUGACUUUCGUAGCUAUUGGAAAACUUGGGUACCAAUUAUUUUAAAACCAGAAGUCCAAGGAAAUUCUCUAGAUUGGUCAUUUAAUGAACGAAAGGCAGAACAAGUUUUACUCAAUACACUUGAAGAAUUUAUUUGUAAUGGAAAUAGUACUGAAGUAUUACGUGGUCUAACGCAACAGAACUUCCCACCUUCAGUAUGUGGUCGAGUAUUCAAAAUGGGCGAGCCAACAUAUAAUUGUCGAGAAUGUGGAAUGGAUAGUACAUGUGUAUUAUGUGUAGAUUGUUUUAAAAGAUCUCCUCAUAAAAACCAUAAAUAUAAAAUGGGAACAUCUUAUGGGGGUGGUUGUUGUGACUGUGGCGAUGUAGAAGCUUGGAAACAAGAUCCUUACUGUCAAACUCAUAAGCUUGGUUUAGAGAAAAAACAUGUUAACUUAAACUUGUUAACAAGUGAUAUGGAGAAACGAGCUCAUUUAAUUUUUGAAAUUGUUCUUGGUUAUGCUCGUAUAUUACUUACUUUAGAACACCCUCCUAUGUUACCUGCUGAAUUGGAUUCUGAUGAGAUGUUAGAUGAUUUAUAUAGUAUUUAUAAUAAUCAAGAAGACCGUUUUUGUACAGUUCUUUAUAAUGAUGAGACACAUACAUUUGAUCAAGUUAUAACAACUCUUACUAGAUUCAUUAAAUGCCCACAACGAGAAUCCAUUGAUUAUGUAACAUCUAUUGAUCGAGAAGGUAGAGCAGUUGUUAAAUGUGCUGGUUUUGUGCAAUGUAAAGACCUAAAAGAAGAAAUCGAAAAAUUUACAUCACGUCAUGGGGGUAAACCUUUGAAAACAGUUGUAGUUCAUUCUCAUGUUAUUGCCCAUCAAAUAUAUGCACUUAGAUUGUUGACAUGGAUGCAGAAUUUACUAGGUUAUUCAGAACGUUUAAGAGCAGUAUUUUCAAGUGUUGUACUUGCAUCUACACCAUCAGAAGGUUGUAUUAUAGAAAGCAUAUUACGAAAAGAUACUGUUUUAUGGAAAUCAGCAAGACUACACUGGCAUAAACUUUUUAUUGCUGGUAUGUUUAUAGAAUAUGAGAAUAAAAAAGAAUUUGCUAAGGUGUUUACCAAAAAUUACGGUGCAAUUAUGAAGGACUUCAUUAAUGAUGAUCAUGAUUAUUCAUAUUCUGUUGCUUCAUUGGGUGUACAAAUAUUUACUGUACCUACUUUAGCUAAUUAUUUAAUGGCACAUCAUGACGUUCUAUAUCAGCUUUUAAAUACAUUUUUAUCAGAGUGUUCACAUAAAGUAAAUAAACAAGGCAAGUUAGAAUUUGAACGAAAUACAUCAACUUUGCCGUUCAAAAGAGCACAGCAUGUUCUUGGAGAUAUUCGUUAUCUUUUAGGUUGUGUACCUGAUACAUGGAAUCCUGAAUUAAGAGUAUCGUUUUGUCAUGCAGUUUCAUUGGUCCUUAAGAUACUUAAUUAUAUGCAAAAUAUGGAUACCGUUACUAGGCAAGUAGGUCAACAUAUGGAGUAUGAACCAGAAUGGGAAACAGCAUUCAACUUGCAUAUUAAAUUGAGGCCAUUAAUAACCAAAAUUCUAUUAUGGUGUGGAUCAGAUAGUAUCGUUUUAAAAAAAGUGUACAGGAUGACUUUAAAAAAAAUUUGGGAGAAUCCAAUUUUAGAUCCUCAAAGAGAAACUGUAGUUAAAGAAUUGAUUGAUUAUAAAGUUACUUGUAUUGAUUAUGAUGUAUCAACUGAAGCUGUAUCUAUACAUCUUCCACUUUCUAGAUUUCUUGCUGGAUUACAUUUAUGUCUAGACCGUUAUGGUCUAAGUUUUGAUCAUUCUGAGUUACAGACUACAAGACAGUCUCCUGAGCAGAUUAUUGAACCAGUUCUUCGUGCUCUCGUUUUAAUAUCACAAGUGCAUGCAGGAAUGUGGAGACGCAAUGGAUAUUCACUUUUAAACCAAAUUUAUUUGUAUCAUAAUUCUAAAUGUCGUGUGGAAAUGUUAGAUAAGGAUAUUGUUAUACUUCAAAUGGGUGCAUCCUUAAUUGAUAGUAAUGAAUUUUUAAUUCAUGUGUUAAACAAGUUUAAUUUAUUAAAAUGGGCACAACCCAAUUACGAACUUAACCUAUUAAAUGGAUCAGAAGAUGAAUCUAUACGCCAAACAAUUAGUUUGGUCGAAGAAUUUUUAACUCUUAUAAUCACUAUAGUUGGUGAAAGAUAUACACCUGGUGUUGGAAAAGUGACCUUUGAUGAUUGUAUAAAAAAAGAAGUAAUACAACAGUUAUGUGUGGAACCUAUGCCUCAUUCAGAAUUAAAUAAAACACUCUUAAACCUUAUUGAAGAUGAAGAAUGUUUAGAAAAAGUUAUACAUGACGUUGCUGAUUUUAAAAAAACUAGAGGUAGAGGUGUUUAUGAAUUAAAGCCAAUUUUUUAUGAUGACUAUAAUGUAUUUUUCUAUCAUUAUUCACGAGAAGAAAUGUCUAAAUCUGAAGAAGAACAAAGAAAACGGAGAAAAGCAGCAGGGGAAUUAGAGUGUUGUCCUCCACCCAAAUUACCAUUAUUCAGUGAUGCUUUUGCAAAGAUUGCCAAUUUAUUGCAAUGUGAUAUUAUGUUUUAUAUUAUGAGAUUGAUAUUAGAUAGAACCGUAAAUUUAAGAAGUAGAAGUUUUUCUGAAUCUCAACUUCAUAAAGUUCUUCAUCUUAUUGGUUAUGCUCUUCAUGAAGAAGAAAAUCAAAAAAGUCCAUCAUUUACAUUUACAGAACGUUCUGAAUCUUAUGGUAUAGAAGUUGCAUUAGAUGAGCUUAGGCGUAGCCCUAGAGUUGAAGCUUAUAAAGACUUGGCUAUAUGGACACUAAAUAAGUUUAAACAAGUAUCUGCACCAAGAAGAAAGUGUGAUAAAACUGAAUCAGUAGAAAAAGAAGUUGAAAACAUGGAAGGUGUGAAAAGUGUAGAUGUAGAAUUAGAAAAACAAAAAAGAGCUAAAUUAGCAGCUGAUAGAAGAGCUACUGUUAUGGCUCAGAUUGCACAAAUGCAGAACAAUUUUAUGAAAGAUAACGCUACAUUGUUUGAUAAUACACCUACUUAUUCAGAAUCAAUUAGUAUGGAUAUCCUAGAAAAUACUAGUGAACCUUCUGUUGCUCUAGGUCCACAUCAAACUAAAUCUAGUACUUUUGAUAAUAGAUAUACAUGUAUUUUGUGUCAAGAAGAACAAUUGGUGACCCAUGAUAGCCAAGCAAUGGUUUUAGCUACAUUUGUACAAAAAUCGACUGUUCUUUGUCAAGCAAGAAAUAAUUCAGAAAAUUUUGCUGAUAACUCUUCUGACCCGUAUUAUAUACCAUUAAAUUUUGGUCCUUCUCCUUAUAUUUCCACCUGUGGACAUGUUAUGCAUGUUUCUUGUUGGCAAAGACAUUUUGAUAUGAUUCUAGCCAAAGAGAACAGAAGACCUUAUCGAUUAAGACAUUCUUUGAGUUUUGACGUGCAUAAAAAUGAGUAUCUCUGUCCACUUUGUGAAGGACUUUGUAAUACUGUCUUACCAUUGUUACCACCAAUUUCAAGUUUUACCGAGCCAGAGAACAUGAAAACUUUUGAAAAUUUAACAUUUGAAAAUUGGUUAGAAGGAUUAAAUAUGGCGCUUAAACAAAGUAAAGUUGUCAAGCCAAAAACUCCUGAAGUAUCUCAAUCACAACCAUCUGUUGCUCAACAAUCAACAAGUCCAGAACCUGAAAGACGUCGUCCUACUCGGAGAGAUGUUUCAUUACAAUUACAGCCUGCUAAUAAUUUAGCUCAGGUGAUUGUUGUACGAGAUAAUAUUGAAAUACCUCAUGAUGAAGAUGAAGACGAAGAAGAAGUUUUGCCACCGUCAAACCAAUUCUCCAUAGGAACUAAUGAUUUUAUUAUGCAAAUACUGAUGUUUGACAAAUCGUCCCCAAAAGCUGUACCUAAAGUAUCGGUAUAUAAAAACAGUGAACUUUCAACUAGCUUAGUUGAUACUAUAUUAAAAUUUGCUCAUACUACUUAUUCAAAAGCCACUGGUAUCACUAAUCCACAUCCUGAUAACAAUCAAAUCCCAUUAAUGACAUGGAAAGCAUGUGCAUACACUAUACAUUCAAAUGAAGUGAUUCUUCGCUAUAAAAACAAACCAUUACUUGGUGAAUUCUCUUCUCGACAAAAAGAUUGUCUAGAAGCAUUGGUUCGGGUUUCAGGAAUUCUCAGUUCAACUUGGAAAAAAGAACAUGAAAUCAAUUUACAUGCUCUUCGCCUUUUAUCCUUGGCCGUUGAUAAUGGUGGAAAUAAUUCAAUCGGAAUACUCGAUUGGGAUGCUUUUGGAAUGUUAGUUUCAUUGACUAUGACUCUUCCUAGCUUGUACUAUACUGAAGUGCCUGGCCCAGCACCUAGAGGAACUAUGCUAGAUUUCCAUACACUACUUUUAAUGUUCAUUUCAAAUUUAGUACAAAUUAUAUUAACCAUGAAUAUCUAUGUGGAAGAAGUUGAUGUGCUUCCUCAACUGGCGGAAUGUGACGAUGAAGACACGUAUUGUUUAGCUAAAUUAGUUGAAAAGCUUCGUGGUAUUAAAAUUGAGAACACAGAAUGUGUUUGGAAUGAAAUAAAAUGUCGUUCUAUACCGUUUUUGCGAAGUUGUUGUUUGUUUUACCAUUUCCUAACUGGUGUUCCAGCAUCAUCGGGUUCCUUAUUAAAUGGCAUUGGAGUUGAUUACCCUAGUUUGUGUGCUUAUUUGGGAUUACCUAUUACGUGUAAAGAAAUAUUAGACAAACCAUAUGUUGAAGCAUUGAUAGAUAAAUGGUGUGAAAAUGAUAAGGUAAUAAGAAUAAAACAAGGUGAAAAAUUGCAGUUUAGAGAUUGGUUGCAUAUCAAUCGAUUAGUACAUCUACCAGAUGAUUAUAGUGAAUUGAUCAACACAGUAUCAAUGUUUACCUGUCCAAAUAGUGAUCAUGAAGAUUCGAGAAAUCCAACUAUGUGUUUGGUGUGUGGAGCAAUGCUAUGUUCUCAAAGUUACUGUUGUCAAACUGAAGUCAAACGUGUUGCUGUUGGAGCAUGUUCUGGCCAUGCUUACACAUGUGGUUGUGGAGUUGGAGUUUUCUUACGUGUACGCGAGUGUGAAGUUUUAUUGUUAGCCACUUUAAAUAAAGGAAGCUUUAUAAUGCCACCAUAUUUGGAUGAAUAUGGUGAAACUGAUCAAGGCCUAAAACGUGGGAACCCAUUGUACCUUUGUAAAGAACUGUAUCAAAGAUUAGAAUUACUUUGGCUGAGUCAUGGGUUACAUGAAGAAAUAUCUAGGUAUUUAGACUCAACACAAAAUCUAAUACCUAUCACUUGGCAACACAUGUAAAUUUAUAAAUGUUAUUCUACCCUUACCUGUCUGAUUGUGACUAUGUUAAUAUACUCUAUCAUAAAUAAUUAUUGUUUUAAUAAAAAUUUUUUUCUAACACUGCAAGUGAUAGGACUGUGUAUGUAUAUAA